CACAGUGAUAGAGAUGAUGACGGGACAGUCUCCAUACAGUAAUAUCCCUAACUCACCCCAAGUUAUAAUACAAAUUCAUAAGGGGAUUUUACCCACCUUAGGAAAAAUCGUUCCGUCACAGCCACUUAAUAUUUUUCUUGAGAAAACUUUUCAACAACUUCCUAAACAGCGACCAUCGGCAAAAGAUCUACUUACCAAAAGCAGUUUUUUUAAUAGUGAACUUAUCGGUAAAGAAUUAAGGCAACCUAAAAAAGUUUUAGCAUUAGAGCUUGAAGAUGGGACUGUACAAGUUGAAAUAUUUGCUAAGGGCCUACAACCAGGGAAAGAUGUCCACCGUCCAAAAAAUGGAACCGUAUUGUUUGAUUGGUUGAACAGUCAGCAGGGAUUUGAUAUAAUGAUCAAAUUAGCUGACAGAACUGUUCAACUGAUCGUUAAGAGAAUGCCUGGGAAAAUCGUCGGAGAAAAAUCCACAUGGCAUGUAGAAAAAGAUAAAGUAGUAAUCAGGAUGAAAAAAGCUGUAGAUGUACCAUGGGCAGAUAUACUUCAUACUAAUGGAAUAGACAUGGGCAGUAGCAGUAGUGAGGAAGAUUAAUGCUAUGUAAGUAU